AUGGUACACAGCAAGGCUACACCCCUCUGCAGGGAUUUGAAGAAGAAGAGUGCAUUGAUGACCUUUGGUCUGGUUACAAUUCAUACCAUGAUGGCCCUUUUGAGAAGGUAACCCCCUUGCUAUCGUGAACAGCAAUGCUUCCAAGAUCUUGCAGUGAUGGAUGACAUGCAGCUUGAUACAAUUUCUGCAGCAAUCCAGUCCUUGGACAAACCUUUGGCCCAGGAGACACAGAUACAGCAGCAGCCAGUGGUGCCUGAAAUCCCUGAGCUUCUUGGAUCAGAGGAGAAGGCAUCCCCAGUGAACUUCUCAUCAUUAGAGCUUCUGAACAACUACAGAUCAAGCUACAGUCGCCUGAACGGAGAAAAGCUGAAUGAACCGAUUGACGGGGUCACGCAGCCAGUGGAAGGAGGCAAUGAGUUGUCGACGGAGGAAAUCAUGAGAAUUGCUGCUGUCCAUUUUGUUCAGGUGUCAACCCAUAAAGAAAGUGAUCCUUUCGUGCCUUGGCAUCCUGCUAACUUUAUUUUAGGCCUCACAAAUGAGGAAAGAGAGAACAUCGGCCUCGCAAACCUUCUUCUGGCUGCUGCGGAGAAGAUAAGCAACCAGCAAUAUGAUCGAGCUAGCAAUUUACUUCAGGAGUGUCACAAACGGUCAUCCAAAACCGGAAAUCCAGUUCAGAGAGCUGUUUUCUACUACACAGAUGCAUUACAAGAAAGGAUCGAUAGAGAAAUUGGAGGGCUUUCAUCGAAGGUUCCAAAGGAUGGGGGCAUGACGGCACCAGAGCUCAUCAAAGCAUUGUUAUCUGACCACCCAUUGCAUGUGGCACUCUACAAUAAGCUGCCAUUCUCACAAAUCGAUCAAUUCACUUCGGUGCAGACCAUGUUGGACAACAUGGCCACCGCAAGGAAAAUCCAUCUGAUCGAUCUCUCGAUCCAGCAUGGGAUCCAGUGGGCUGUUUUCUUGCAAGCACUGGCCACAAGAACAACAUGUCCAAUCGACCGUCUGAAGAUUAGUGCAAUAGAUACAUCAGAAGAGGCAAUCACUGCAACUGGUAACAGGCUGGUAAGCUUUGCGGAAACUUUAGGCUUGCCCUUAAGUUUUAAAGCAGUGGCAGUCUCAGAUCUCAAGGAUCUCAAUGAAGAGAUGUUUGAAUUGGAGGAGGGCGAAGUGAUCGGUGUCCGCUCUUCGAUGUUUAUGAGCAGCUUGAUUGUCAGGCCUGACAUACUUGAGCAUGUCAUGAGAGUAAUGCGCAAGAUUAAGCCAUACGUAAUGAUAGUUGCAGAUGUUGAAGCUAAACUUAAUUCCCCAUCUUUCAUCAACCGCUUCACUGAAGCCUUGUUUUUCCACAGCGCCUUAUUUGACUUCCUGGAAGGCUUUCUGAAGAGGGAUGAUGAAAGUAGAAUGCUUGCAGAGGGAUCCUUCAUUUCACAGGGAAUACGAAACAUCAUAGCGACCGAGGGCCAUGAGAGGCUGGCCAGGUAUGUAGGCAUCAGCGUGUGGAGGUCAUUCUUUGCUCGUUACGGCUUCAUCGAGACUGAGAUGAAUGAGUGGUCACGUUACCAAGCUAGACUGCUAGUUAAGCAGUUUGCUAAUGGCCACUUCUGCACACUUGACAAGAAUGGGAAGGCCUGGACCAUGGGGUGGAAGGGGACCCCCUUGCUUUUUAUCUCUGCUUGGAAGUUUCAGCAGGCAGGAUAGGAAGAAUUUUUCUAGUUCUCAAUCUGAUAUUUAUAUCAUAGCACUAGGUUUUAUUAUGCCAUAUAGGAGCAGAAAGCAAGUAUGAGGUGUUGGUCCUGAAAUGUUGCCAAAAAGUUUAUAACUUGCUCUUAGAAUUCUUGUAGUCCUUUUUAUGCCAUGUAACCUCUGGAAGCUGAAGUAUUGAGUAUAUACUAGCAUGUCACGU